GAAUUGGCUAAGCUGAUUCGCCCCUUGAGGUUACACGUCGCGGGAUCCAGCAGGCAACAAGUAACAAGACCCUGCCGCCAAGCACGAGCCGCACCUACGUCCCGGAGAUAGGCGUCAUAGUCGAACAGCGAGCCCUCUUAGCUCAGCUUUGAUCCGAGACAUUGAUUGCAUUAGCCACACUGAACUGUCUAGACCCCCGAAUCCGGUGGCGCUGCGGACCUAGAUUGUAAUUGCCAUUGUUUUUGCUUUUGCUUCUUAUCAUGUAGAUCCCGCAGUAUGGGUUGUCUGAAAGAUAAUGCGGAUAAUAGGUAAGUCCAUCAGGAACGCCAACCCCUUUCAUUUACCGGCCCAGCCAAUUUCUCAUCUUGCCACGAUCCGGGGGUCUUGGUAUCUUCACUUCGCGACGGAAGUCCCCGAGAUAUUGCGUGCGAAUCUGAGGGAUUUAGAAUAUCUGAAGCUUUUCUACUACCUUGGUAAUCCGCCUUAUCUACCUAGUCCUUUGCUCAUUUUCCCAUAGCAAUUUUUCAACCUACAACCUCGUCAAUAUUCCUCUUUUCUUAAAUAUCAAAUGCGAUUACGAAUAUAUAAACCAUAUCUCGACAUCAUACCACUACAAUCACCGCCAUGCCAGAGGAGAAGCUCGAGCCCAGCCAAGGCUACAGCUCAGGGCCAAUUGAGCCAAGAUCUUACGGUCGUCAUCUCUUAGAGCGGUUUUCUGAGAAGGUCGAUUCUACUGUAGGGGCUGUACCCCUGUUAGCCUGUUGUUUCGCAACUGGCCUCACUGACGGGACUCUCUAUAACGCCUACGGUACUUUCGUGUCGAUGCAAACUGGAAACACCGUUUUCGUCGCACUCGGUACAUCAGGGCAGAAUAAUAAGCCGUAUGGAUGGGCCCGUUCGCUUUGUUCCAUUGGAUGUUUCACCAUAGGCUGUUUUGCCUUCUCCCAGUUGCACAAGUUAAUCGGUGGCGGUCGCCUUCGAAGAACACUAUGUGCCUCAUUCCUUGCUCAAACCAUCUGCGUUGUUGUCGCAGCAUCCAUUAUCCAAGCUGGUGUUAUCGACGGAAGUUAUCCUUCAAACAGGAAUCCUGCGGAUGUAAACUUCGCCGAGCUCGCAAUUGUGGCAUUACUCAGUUUCCAGGCUGGGGGUCAGAUCGUGAACAGUCGGGCAUUGGGGAUCAGUGAAGUCCCGACUACUGUCAUAACAUCUCUGUUGUGCGAUCUUGUCAUAGACGAAAGAAUCCUAGAGCCAUUCAGGAAGAACGUGAAGCGAAACCGCAGGGUCGUGGCUUUCGUGCUUACAUUUCUAGGCGCGGUAUGCGGUGGAUGGAUCUCCAAAGCUACAGGCGCUGUACAGCCAAGUCUAUGGUUUGUUGCAGCCAUUAAGGGGACGAUUACGCUCUCAUGGGUAUUCGUUAAGAAGGUUAACUAAUAUUAGUUGGUCUCUGGCUUAUACAGUUAUUCAGUGAUUAUUGUUCAUAUUACAUUAAAACAACCUAAUCACCUAUAAACACCGGCCCAUAGUAACAAUAACAACAUAAGGCGUGUUCACAUUCACAUAUAUAAUGUCCAAUAGUAUAGGAAUAUUUAUCAAUUAUAUUUAGGG